AUGAUUUCUAGAGAGAGGCUAGGAAAUGGACUAGCUGUCCUCAAAUUGGCUUAUGGCUCCGUGGGAGCCAUCUAUGGAGAUUUGGGAACGUCUCCCUUGUAUGUGUUCUCGACUAUUUUUAGCGGCAACAGCAAUCCAAGUCAAGAAGAAGUAUAUGGCGCAGUGUCGUGUAUCUUUUGGCUUUUCACAAUAGUUGUCAUCUUCAAGUAUGCUUUGAUAGUGCUCAAUGUCGGCCCUAAUAACAACGAAGGUGGACAGAUUGCCAUUUAUUCCAAAAUUGCCAGAACGCUGAAGUUUGGCCCAAAGGGUGUGAGGAUUCCCGGAAGCAGAGAGUAUGCCCGAGAGUUGGCUGACAAUGACGAUUUGCUCUCACUCACGCGAACAAACACCAACACUUCCAAUUACUCUCAUGGGGACUCAAUACCCAACGAGCUCAUUAAAAGCUUCCUGUCAAAAUUCACUCUCGCCGUGUGUUUUUUGGGAUGUUCCUUGGUGUUCUCAGACGGCCUUCUGACCCCAACUACGUCUGUACUGUCUGCGAUCUCAGGCAUUGCGGUGGCCGUGCCUUCUUUCGAGGACAAGGUGAUGCCUGUUUCGUGUGGUGUUCUCAUCAUUCUAUUUCUUUCCCAGAGAUUCGGGUCUGGAAAGCUGUCCAUGUUUUUCUCACCGAUUGUCACUGUAUGGCUGAUUUGCUUAUUCGUCAACGGAGUCAUUUGCGUUGCCAAGUAUCAUCCAAAAAUUAUGAAAGCGUUCAAUCCAUACUAUGCAGUGCAGUUUCUCAAAAACCAAGGAAUCGACUCCUUCAGCUCCAUGAUGCUUUGUCUGACUGGUUGUGAGGCGAUGUUUGCCGACGUCUCGCACUUUGGACCCUUCCCCAUCCAGUUGGCUUUGUGCUGUUUCGUGUACCCAUGCUUGAUAAUGUGCUAUUUUGGACAGGCAGCCUACCUCAUAGAGCACCCAACCAGCAUCUCAAACGUUUUCUACCUUUCGAUUCCAGGCCAGAAUGGAGACGGGUAUUAUUGGUUCAUGUUCGUCAUGGCCACACUCGCAACCAUCAUAGCUUCCCAGGCCUUGAUUUUGGGUGUCUUUAGCAUUUUGAAACAACUCAUCACGCUGGAUUGUUUCCCACGUCUGAAGGCCAUUUACACCUCAGAAAAACACUCUGGACAAAUCUUUAUUCCUGUCGCCAAUUGGGUUCUGAUGGUCUGUGUGGUUCUAACAACCAUUGGAUUCAAAAAUAGCAAUAACGUGACUGCAGCUUACGGACUGGGAAUCUCUAUCGACUUCAUCCUUACAACAAUCUUGAUCACCAUCUGUAUGAUCUACGUCUACCGCAUAAACAUGAUCAUACCGAUAGUGUUCAUGUUAGGAUUUGGCACCCUGGACGCCUUGCUCAUCAUCUCGGGCCUGCGAAAAGUCCCUAGUGGUGCCUGGUUUCCUCUGGUAAUGGCCGGGAUCAGUUUCAUCUUUAUUUCUUUCUGGCGAUGGUGCAGAAGUCUCAAAGUCAACUAUGACCUCAGUUUCAAAAAGUCCGUAGACGAGUUGUUUGUGAGCUCGUCUACGGUCAAGGCCAAGAAAGAGGCAGUGGUGGUUCAAUUGAACAACGAUACUAGUAAGAAGAGAGACAUUGGGGCUAACGACGAAGAGUCUGUGGCGUCUGUUCCCUCCAUCGGCACCACGGGAAACCAGGACGACCAAUUUCUGGAAAUGAAAUACUACGGACAUGUUGUCAAAAUCCCCAGAAACAAUCAAGUGGGAAUCAUGUACUGCACUUCCUCCACCGCUCUCACCAACAGGAGCUGCCUACCGCAUUUGUUUGAGCAUCUAAUCCACUCCUUCAAUUCCGUGCCUAGGAUAUUCAUUCUCAUAGAGCCCCGUGUGAGCACGCUUCCAUUCAUCGAGGAAGAAGAUUCAUACCGUUUGCAAAGAAUUGCCGGUAUUCCUGGCUUCUAUAGAUCCAUUGUCCGAUCCGGAUUUAUGCACCAGACGUUGCUCACCAAAAAACUUUUGAGAAGCCUGCUGUUGUCCAUUCCGGAGAUUGAAGAGCUGCAAACUUUUUACGGCACAGACGAUGUGAUGGACGAUAGCAACCAUUUCACUAUUCCAAUAGUUCACUUGUUUGAGAGGGAAUAUGUGUCGUCCAAAGCAUAUGAUAGAGAGGACCUGGAAGAAGAGUCUAGAGCUAUGCGGAUUGCCAAGCUACCAUGGAGAGUCUUGAGAAGAUGGCUGAUCAACUGCCUGUUUGCACCAAUCAAUGGUAUUUCCAACAACAGCACGAUGGACUUCAUGCUACCGCAAAAGGACGAGGAGCCUAACCAGGAGAUUUUGUAUGUGGGAAACCGUGUCACCAUCUGA